AUGACAAUGGUGAGAGAGAGGAGGCACCAACAAGCACUGAGACUUCCCUUGCCACCCCCACCGGUGGCGGUGCCGGAAUUUCCCUACCACUUCUCUGACUCCCCAGGGACCGUAGACCGCCUCUCGGACCUCGAGAAGCUCUCGGUCGUCGGCCAUGGCAGCAGCGGAACCGUCUACAAGGUCCGCCACCUCCGCACGAACUCCCUCUUCGCUCUCAAGGUCCUUCGCUUCGGCCCCAACGCCGCCGACGCCCGGCGCCAAGCAGCCCGGGAGGCCGACAUCCUGACGCGCGUCGACUCUCCCUUAGUCGUCCGCUGCCACGGCGUGCUCGAGGGAGGCGGUGAGGACCGUCUCUGCCUUGUCAUGGAGUACAUGGCCGGCGGCUCCCUCCACGACGUUCUCCGAGCUCGCCGGAGGCUGCCGGAGGGGCUCAUCGCCGGGGUGGCAGGGCGGGUGCUGGAGGGCCUGCGCUACCUCCACGGGAUGGGUGUCGUGCACCGUGACAUCAAGCCCUCAAACCUUUUAAUCGGCAGCCAUGGCGAGGUGAAGAUUGCCGACUUCGGGGCGAGCCGGGUGGUGGCAGCAGCAAUGGGGCCUUCAUCCGGUGGUGGCGAUGAUGCCUGCGCAGGCACAUGCGCAUAUAUGAGCCCAGAACGGUUCGACUCGGAGGGGUUCGGCGACAGCGGAGGGUUCGCCGGUGAUAUAUGGGCCCUUGGGGUUGUGCUGUUGGAGUGCUUUGUAGGCAGGUUUCCGCUGGUGGACGCAGGGGAGCGACCAGAUUGGGCCACCUUGAUGUGCGUCGUUUGCUUUGGUGGCCCACCGGCGGUGCCGGAUGCUGCCUCGCCGGAGUUCCGGAGCUUUUUGGGAAGGUGCUUGGAGAAGGACUGGAGGAAGAGAGGGACGGUGGGGGAGCUCCUAAGCCACCCUUUUGUCGCCAAGUGCUGUUCCACAGAAGGCCUAGUUGAGGAUACUUUCCAUACAUAGUGAAGGUGGUAGGAACCUUUGGGCUGCUUGGGCUUUUCUACUGGGCUGGACAUUAGUAUUCUAAUUCUUUUUCCACAAUGCAAGUGUGACAGCAAUUGAUAUGGCUGAUAGAUAAACAUGCAGAAUGUUUAUUUUUCCAUUAGUCGUAACAAUUUUUGCCUAGGCCAAUGAAGGCAAAUAGAUUUCCAACUAGGAUUAUGUUUUGCAUAACAGGUCAUGAGCCAGUAUGUGUUUUUUUCUGGAUAUCCUAUCAGUUACAGCUAUUUUGUGAUCAGAUAGUUAAUAUAUGGAUCCAUGUUUCCGUUUGUUAUAUGUUUGAUAGAAUUAGAUAUCCAAAUCUUUCUAUUCAGUUGUAAUCUCAGAUACUAAAAUUGCUAAAUCCUUUUCAGAAUAUAUAAGCAUGCACUAUUUCUCCUAACGUGUCACACAUGCAUGGUGUUAUCAGAGAUCUAAUGGAGAGAAGGCGAACGCAGAUGUUGUGGAGAUAUGUAAUAUGAAAAAUCUGGUGAUGACCCCUGUUUAAUUGAAUCCACUCCAAAGAUCAGUUAAACAAUAGUGCUCUCGGGAAAAAAUUCCAAUGACUAAGAUAAGAGCUAAUAAUUGUACGCGUACUCAAUUAGUGGAUCCGAUUCAUAGCAUUCUGGCUUUCUGUAUGCACCGAACUGGAGCCAGUUAAUGCCGGGGAGAACCACUGCCUCACCCUCUCAUUUACACAUCCAAUGUGGCAGGACAUUGGCGCAAAUUUUUUGAGGGAAAAAUGGUAGGAGAUUGGUGCAAUUAAAAUUGGAUUUGGUCAUUCAUGGGUUACGACACGACAUCAGCUCCAAGUCAGACAUGUAACCGAGCAGGCUAUGUUCUCAUGGAACCCAAAUGGAUAAAGACAGAGGUGCCACUGUUUGGCCAUAAAGAAGGAACCAAAAUCCAUGAAUUGACAAGGUUUCUAUUUGUGCAGGAUUCACUUGUUAUUAGAUCUACCUGACAUUUUGUGCAUCAGCUGUGCCACUUCCACACACUUAGGUGACGGAUACCGGAGUAACAUCAAAGGGUUGCCAUUUUCCUGAUUCAUCCGAUUAGGUCAAUCAAUUGCUGCUCUCACCCCUACGACAGUGAGACUGGCAUGAUCAAAGCAUUAAAGGAACCUGGCCGGUAGCUUAAAACAUACAAGCAGAAUACAUGGAGUUGCAGGUAUAAAGCAACCUUCAUCUGUGAAUAGCUGAUUUUUUAAACAUCAGGGAACAAAGGUACAUAAGAGAACACUUUAUAUUCUCCAUAACAUUCAUUAUUGAAAAA